AAUCUUUUGACAACCCAAUGUUUUGUAACACAAACAAGCGAAAUUAUUGGUAACAUUCGUUGUUUACAAAUAUCCGUCCGUACUACUUUUGCAAAUUACGCGAAGAGCAGAAACGCGUGUGCCCAAUCUUUGCGACAACAGUUCAAUACUUUCGUGUUGCGAUAACGGUGAAAAUAAUAUUAUCAUAACAGCAAAAUAGUAAACACUUCACCCUACGUCAUGUCGGAUCAUUCGGCAGUCACGGAGGAGUUGGAGGUGUCGUCUCCGCACACCAUCACCACGACCACGACCUCCACCGUGACGGCCGUCACCACCACGACGACCACCACCAUCACUUCCGGCAUGGCCGGUCUGCCUGCUGCGGGCCCGCCAAACCGUGAAGACGCGCGCAGGCUAUUCAUGGGCAACUUGCCAAAGGUGAAAUCGGAAGUGGAAAUUUGCGAGGAAGUUAGCCGGAAUACGGACGGCCUGGUGCGCGUCAUCACGUACAAGAACUUCGAAAACCCUUUGCUGCACCGGGGCUUCUGUUUCCUGGACUACGUGUCCAACGCGGCGGCCGCGGAAGCCAAACGCCGGCUGUCCCAGUGCACGGUGUUCGGGUGCAAGACGAUCGUCGACUGGGCGGACCCGGAACCGGAAGUGGACGCCCAACAGAUGGCCACUGUCCGGAUUCUGUUCGUCCGGCAGUACGGUGGCACGCUUGACGAGCGCACGCUGGCCGACGUGUUUGGCCAGUACGGUAAAGUCGAACGGGUCAAGAACCUGAAGAACUACGCUUUCGUUCACUUCGAACGACGGUCGGACGCCCAGGACGCUAUGAACGCGCUAGACGGCGCUGUGGACGAAGCGUCCGGCGUCCGGGUCGACGUGUCAUGGGCAAAACCACCUGCCGAAAAGCACAUCCGGGAACAAGUGCUCCGCGACCGAGAACGGCGAAUCCGGCUGCAGGCGUACGGGACGCGCCGCACCGAGCACGAGGACGUUCCCGUCAUCCGUUUUGACAACAAGAUGACGUUCGAACCGACCGCCUCCACAUCUACCUCCAAUACCAGCACAUCUCUCGCCCCCGUCACCGCCGUACCAUACUCAAACUACGAUCACUACGAAUACAACUUUGGCCAGCAGGCGUACUCGUGCAAAUGCCGAGAUAAACGGAUCGUCGAAACGGAACCACUGCGACGACAACCGGAACCACGGCAAAGGUGCCAGUGCAUUGUCGGAACGUCGGUUUCGGCAGCGGCGGACAGUGGCUGUCAUCGAACCGAACGCUACAACAGCGAAGACGACAGCGGCCGAACAUGGCGGCAGCAACAGAGGAUACCAUUCCAACAACGAGACACCACGGUUGAGACCACCUUCGUCGGAUCUUCCGCUGCUCGACACGAUCACGGCGAUUGCGCCAACGUCAUUUCAGACUUGGACUCGAUCAUUUUGAAAUUUUUCCACAAGAGGAGUCACACCACCUGAACAUGUGUGUCUAUGAUCUGUGCCAAAUCGAACACUAGCAGGCCCAGCUAUCUUUCCUGAUUUUAAUGUACAUAAGAGAAAUAAACACUGCCCAGCACUGCGUGCUAUGGCGUUUGUUAAAAUAAAAAAUAGUUAAAUACCUAAUAAUAUAUUAAAAGCUAACUUUGACCCAAACUCGUGCGGUUUUAUUGAGAGAGUUGUGCAAAAAAGUAUUUAUUACACAACAAUCGUUGCGUACUUCGUCUUCGCACUGACGAGAAAUACAAGAAAACGUUUUUACUUUAUGUUAUUGAAUAUUUUU